CGAGGAGGAUAGCAAGAAGCCUCUGGUUUUUAAAUGGUUAAUCUCCGCAGGUCACUACCAGCCACUGAGACCAACAAAGUCAUUUAAAGCUUCAAUCAGUAUUUGCACCAGAAGAUACAAGUUGUGUGUGAAAACAGAGAAGGACUAUGGCAUCAAACAGUCUGUUCAGCUCAGUGACACCAUGUCAGCAAAACUUCUUUUGGGAUCCCAGCACCAGCCGGAGGUUCAGCCCCCCCUCCAGCAGCCUGCAGCCCGGCAAGAUGAGCGAAGUGAGCCCGGUAGUGGCAGCCCAGCAGCAGCAGCAGCAGCAAGAGGCGGCGGCGGCCGUGCCCAGGCUGCGCCCCCACGAUAACCGCACCAUGGUGGAGAUCAUCGCCGAUCACCCCGCCGAGCUGGUCCGGACCGACAGCCCGAACUUCCUGUGCUCCGUGCUGCCCUCGCACUGGCGCUGCAACAAGACCCUCCCGGUGGCAUUCAAGGUGGUGGCUUUAGGAGAAGUACCUGAUGGGACCGUGGUCACCGUCAUGGCUGGAAAUGAUGAAAACUAUUCUGCAGAGCUGAGGAACGCCUCUGCUGUGAUGAAGAACCAAGUGGCCAGGUUUAAUGACCUAAGAUUUGUGGGCAGGAGUGGAAGAGGGAAGAGUUUUACCUUAACAAUAACUGUCCUUACGAACCCCCCGCAAGUCGCUACAUACCACAGAGCUAUAAAGGUUACAGUGGAUGGACCAAGAGAGCCAAGAAGGCACAGACAGAAGCUUGAUGACUCUAAACCUAGUUUGUUCUCUGAACGCCUCAGUGAUUUAGGGCGCAUUCCUCAUCCCAGUAUGAGAGUAGGGGUCCCGACUCAGAGCCCACGGCCCUCUCUGAACUCUGCACCAAGUCCUUUUAAUCCACAAGGACAGAGUCAGAUUACAGACCCCAGACAGGCACAAUCAUCCCCUCCAUGGUCAUAUGACCAGUCUUACCCAUCCUACUUGAGCCAGAUGACUUCACCAUCCAUUCAUUCCACAACUCCCCUGUCCUCUUCACGAGGCACAGGCCUUCCUGCCAUCACCGAUGUGCCCAGACGCCUCUCAGGUGCUUCAGAGCUGGGCCCAUUUUCAGAUCCCAGGCAGUUCACAAGCAUUUCAUCCCUCACUGAGAGCCGCUUCUCCAACCCACGAAUGCACUAUCCAGCUACCUUUACCUAUACACCGCCAGUCACCUCAGGCAUGUCACUGGGUAUGUCAGCAACCACUCACUACCACACCUACUUACCACCGCCCUAUCCAGGCUCUUCCCAAAACCAAAGUGGACCAUUCCAGACCAGCAGCACUCCAUAUCUCUACUAUGGCACUUCAUCAGGAUCAUACCAGUUCCCCAUGGUGCCGGGAGGAGACCGCUCCCCUUCCAGAAUGCUUCCUCCCUGCACCACCACAUCAAACGGCAGCACACUAUUAAAUCCUAACUUGCCUAACCAGAAUGACGGUGUGGAGGCUGAUGGAAGCCACAGCAGCUCCCCAACUGUUUUGAAUUCUAGUGGCAGAAUGGAUGAGUCUGUUUGGAGGCCAUAUUGAAAUUUUCUCUGCGCAGCCCAAUCUCCGUGAGCCAAAAACAAAUGGUCGACAAACUACAAAGUGCCUGUUUUUUAAAUAGAUUUUACUGAUAUGUGCAACUAUUUAGAUGAGAUGGUAAUGGCCAUAAAUAACGCAAGAGUGACCAACCAAGCACAAUCCAUGUUUCAGAUUAUGUGGAUCAAAGCACAUAUUUUUCUUGGAAACAUUUUACACCUUGUUUUAUAUUUAAAAUGUACUUUUUACACACAAAAAUAACCCAAUAUUUUUUUUUGUCUAGACUGUUGUCAUAAAUAGUGAGUUCGUUUGCCAAUAAGGAGAAAACGGACUCCCCAGUUAUCAGGAAAAACAUGGUGAAGCAAGGCAAAGGUUGCGCUCCAUUUUAUUUUUUAAAAACCUUGAGCUCCAGAUACAGUUGCAAUCAUACAAUGUAUGGGACCCUGUUCACUCACAUAGUGCAAUUCAACUGGCUUGUAUUGGUGCACAUGAAAGGGAAAGCACAGAUCAAGUUGCUUCCAUUUUGCUAUAAUACAUUCAGAUCAUGGUAGAUGUUCAAAAUUUCUAUCCAAGCCUUGUUGCACAUAAAAGUUGGAACUUUUCGGUUCAUUGCUUUUUUUUCUUUUUGGUACUUAAAGAGAAAGUCUUCAAGGUACCAAUCUGAAUAGACAAUCUUGGGGUUUCCUCUUUGUUUUUCUUAUAAUUAUUUUUGCCUUUGUCCAAUUAACCAAAAAUAAACCCCAACCCUCCAAAAUUAAAGCAAAAUCUUAUUACUUAUGCAAAAAAUAAAAAUGGCAAUAUAUGAUACUCAAGCCAAAAUGGUAUAGGUAGUACUUGUGUUUGGCUGUGGUUUUUUUUCUUUUUAAAUUAUAAAUGUGUGAAAUUUGAAAUUAUUUGCUAACAUAAAUCAUCAUAUAACUUUAAAGAAAUAUUUAUAAUUAUUUAAUGACAUUUGGACCCUUUAAACGUCUCUUAAUGUAAUGCUAUGUUGACUUCGGUCUCUAAAAGUGGGUUGUUUUUUAAAAAAAAUAAUUAAAUUUCUUCAGCGGUGUGAACCUCAGACCGGUACCUGAACUCUGAAAAACAGUUCCAGUGUGAACUGGUUACAAUGUGAUUAACCCUCUCCCCAGACCAAAAUGCAUCCAUAUCAAAUUAUUUUGGAUGUAUCUUUUUAAAAAAAUAACCUAUGAAGGAAAUAUUGUGUUUAAAAUGUUAUUAGCUAUCUGGUUGCCUUCAACACAUUCUUGCCUUUUAAUCAGUAAUAACUGAGCUGGUUGAAAAACAGGAAGGAAAAAUGAGUGCUUCCACCCCUGAUUUUUCUUUCUCCCUGUUUUUUCAUCAGCAUUUGAAAAAUGUUAAAUUCAAAACAUUGUCAAUUUUGACAACGUGUUUCUAAUUUUGAAACGUUGGCAAAAAUUUUGUCAGCGUCUCAAAAUUUAUAAAAAUUUCAGCUAGCCGUUGUCAGAAAUGGGAGACAGGGAGAAAUUGUGAUUAAUGUUUCUUUCAUUGAAAUUUCAACCAGCUGUAGAUAAUAAUUAGGUUUAUGAAACAAAACCAAUAGUAUUUAGCCUCUUGAUGUGAUUUAGUCACAAUUCACUAGCAUCAAAUGCUAGAGCAAUGAGGAUUCUUUUUUGUUUACUUUUUAAUAGAUAUGGCAGUGGUCAUAUUGCAGAGACAAGCACAAGGGAAGAACUGCUCUGCAGACCAAUGCUCUGCCAGUCCGGUGUUCAGCAAUAGUCAGAUCUUCAAACUUAAUACUGAAGAUGAAAGUCACCUUAAAGCCCACUCCUGGCUAUUAAGCAUGGUACACUAAUACAGGGAUAUGAAAUUGCACCCGAUACCCUUAAUCAACAUGUCUGCUACCAAACUGUAAACAGAGGCACCCAAAUUUUGCAA